AUGAAAGCACUCGUUGAAGAAUUUUAAGCCUCGAGUAAAGAAUAGCCAAUAAGCUUUUAAGAGUUUUUAUAAAAUAUUAUGGAUGAAUACGAUAAUGAAUAAGCAAAUGAUACGUAGCAAUAUGACCCUAAAAACUACUUUAAAGAUUCCUAUAAGCAUAUGAUUAGUUUAGUUUAGCCAUUCAAUGAUUUAGAACAAGGUGAAAUUAAUUAUAAUAAUCCUCAAAAAUAACAAGAAAUUCAAGACUUAUCUAAAAAUUAUCAAUUAAAAAUAAAAUCUAAUAGAGAUCCAAAACAAAAACAAUUACAAAGUUUUGGUCUUUAAGAUGAGUUGGACUUUUAGAGGAUAAAUGAGGAGUAAUAGGAUUAAUCCUAUUUCAGCAUUGAAGAUAAUAGACCAAUUUAACGCUUAACAAACUAAGAGUUUUAUCAAAUUAGAGAUGAGGAAAGCUUAGAAAAGAAAUAAAAAAUGCAUGCUGAGUAUUUAAAGAAGAAAGGUAAUUUCUUAUUAGCGUGCUAAAGAGAUAAUGUUAAAUAGGCUGGCUAAAGAGUUCCUUUAGUCUAAGUCAAUAUUAAUCAAUAAGUUAAAUAGUUGAAGAAAUUCGUUGAUACGAAUCUUUAUAAUAAAUAAAUUGAAACUUUAGAAGAAAUAGAAGAGCCUUAGGAAGAAGAAUACGAGAAUGCCAAGAAAUACUUUAAAAAAUAAAUUGAAUAACUUUAAAACUCAAUUGAAUAUUAUUAAAAUGAAAAUGAAAGACUAAGAAAAGAGAAACUAGAUAUAAAUCAUCAAUUUUAAGUAUUAAAAUACGAAAAAGAUAUGUUUGAGUAUAAUAAAUUCAAUUAAAUAUAAGAAUUUGAAGAAUUAAAAAAGAAAGAAUUAGAAAAAAUUAAAAAAAAAUAAACCGUUCUGGAUAUGAUUCAAAAGACACAUUCAAAUGAACCAAACCACAUGUUAAUCAAAGAGAUUGAAGAAUUGAAGAAAUAAAUUGAAGAUCUCAAAGUAGAAAGCGAUAAAAAGUAAGAAAAAUUAAAGGAAAAGAAAUAAAAGUAUUAAAAGUAUUACAAAGAUAAAAUUGAGUAGACAAAAUAUUUAGAAGAAUAAAUUAAUAGCUAUUAAUAAAAAAUUGAAUAAUUAACUUAAAUAAUUAAUGAAUAUGAAUCAAAUACUGAAGUUUAAGAGUUGAUUGAAAACUAAAAAAAAUAGAAACUAAAAAUUUAAGAAUAAGAAAAUGAGAAAAAAGCUUAAGAGCAAAAAAACCAACAAGAGUAAGUUUAAGAGAUUGUAAAACCUGUUCCAUUAUUUGAGUUGAUAUAGGAUAAAGAAUUUAAAUUUUCAAUUGAUGAUAUCAACAAGAAAAUAUAUAUUGAAGAAUUUUCAUUUGAUUACAAUUCAUUUUACAAAGAUUAUUUAAAGUAAUCCAAAAAAAAGGAAAAACUUGUAGAAAAAUAAUAACGAUCAGAUGGUAAAAUAUUAAAGAUAUUUAAAUCUGGAAAGAAGGUUGUUGAGGGAAUGAAAGGAUUUAUAAAAGAAAUAUUUCCUAAUGAUUACGUUAUUGUUCACUUCCCCAAUUAAGAUAUUAAGCAAGAGCUUCCAAAUGGAAUUAAAAUUUAUUAUCAUUCAAAAAAUAAUUCAACUCAAAGUACAUUGCCUUAAGGAAUUUCAGUGACUUAUUUUAGCAAUAAGUAAUUGGAAAUUAUCUUUGUUGAUGGUAGUAAAUAGAUAUUAUUCCAAGACGGGACCAAAAAAUUUGUUAAUUAUAAAGGAGAAGAGGAGAUUUUUUAUCCUGAUGGAGUUAAAUAAACCAUAAAUUAUGAUAGAAUUAAGAAAACAGAAUAUCCUAACGGGAAUGUCAAAGUAGUGAAUUUAAAUAAAUGA